AUGUCGAAGCGGUUAACUAAACGUUAUCUGACCUCAUCAGACACAUAUGAGUGUCCGCUGUCUUCAGAUACUCAGGCUGUGGCUCUGGAGGAACUACGGGAAACUCCUAACGCGAGGAGUCAGGCUCUCGAUGCCCUCAGGAAGUGGUUGGAACAGAAUCCAAAGUUCAUGGCAAUCAGAAUGGAUUCGGUAUUCCUGCUUCGGUUCCUCCGCACGAAGAAGUUUAGCGUCCCGAUGGCACAAGAGGCGAUCGAGCGUUACAUACUAUUGCGUCAGUCCUGGGGAAUCGCUUUUAACCAGCUCGACCACACGCUGCCAACUAUGACAGAAAUCAUUGAUUUAGGGUACAUUUUUGUGAGUCCAUACAAAGACAAAGCCGGUAGACGUGUUGUAAUAUACAGACCAGGUGUAUUUGAUCCAUAUAAAUACACGAACCAGGACAUGUGUCGUGUGAUGGGGAUUUGCUAUGAGACUUUAAUGGAGGACGAGGAGUCGCAGGUGCAGGGGCUGGUGCACUUCGCGGACGGCGGCGGUGUCGGCUUCCCCCAUCUCACGCUAUUCACUCCUAAAGAAGCUGUGAGAAUCGUUAAAAAUGGCGAGCGUACAAUUCCAUUAAGACACAAGGAGAUCUACGGUGUAAACGUGCAUCCCACUAUAAAGUUCGCAUUGGACUUCGGCAUGGGUUUGAUAUCAGAAAAGAUAAGAAAGCGAGUGAAACUGUACACGGCUGUAGAUGACGUCGAGAUCGAUAAGAAACUGCUGCCUAAGGAAUAUGGAGGCAUAAUGCCGAUGAAAGACAUGAUCGAACUAUGGAAGAAAGAGUUGUCAGAUAAGCGCGGAAUUUUGUUGUUGAACGACAAGAUGGGUGUGCGUUUGGAAAUGUACAGCGAGGCGGCGCGCGAGGGCGCUGUGUCUGCAUUACGCGGCAAUACUUCGUGCAACGACGCGGUCGGCGACGCCAUGAGAGGUCUCACUGGCAACUUUAGGAAGCUAGAAGUUGAUUAAAUUUCAUUUAAAAAAAUCCUUAACUAAAUUUGUAAAAGUGGGAUUUUCCAAUUAAAAACCUGUAUUAGAUACACGACUGAUUUCAACAGUAAUUACUACUUUAAAUAUAGGUGUAGGUAGCAUAUAAAAACAACAACACUAAAAAUUAAUUUUGGUAAAAGAUGAAAUGUUCUCAGAUAUUAAAAUAAUAACCUCUUUCAAUGUAAUUAGUUUAGGGAUAUGGUAUGUAAUGUAAAGACGCGUAUACGAA